CUCACCGCCCUCGCGCUUCCUUAAACCUGCUCAUCCCCCUCGCUGCUCGUCGCUCGACAACGCAUCCUGUGCUCGGACAGAACAUCGACCAGCCUGUCUGACCACUUCUCAUCUCUUCCUCACCCUCCUCCACCCCUCUACGACGACGGACGACUUCCUCCAGCCGACCCGUCUGCCGGCAGCAGCCAGCGCCGGCCUGCAAUUGCCGGCCAUGGACCACUGCCGGCAGCAGACCAUCAACAGCGGCCACCACGCCUCCCCGGGCAUCAGGUACCCGCCGUACUAUACCAACGACCGCGUCAAGGCGUUCAUCAACCACUUCUUCGAGAUGGACGACGACGUCAAGAAGGAGGAGGAGUUCCUAGACUGCUUCGCUGAUAGCGGGUUUUACAUCGUCGGCCUGCAGACCGUCGCGGGCAGAGAAGCAAUCCGCAGACUCAGAGCCCGGCUCUGGCAGCGCGUAUACUCCCGCCGCCACGAGAUCGACGUCGUCUUCCCCUUCUCCGGCACUCCCUACCCGCACACCGACACCCCGCACCCCACGCCCGCCACCCCCGCGCCGGCCUCGUCGCCCACAAACCCGAGCGCGAGCCCGCUCAACACCACCAGCACCGGCGCGGCCUCGGACGAAUUCGCAAUCUUUGGCCGCAUCCACUUCGUCAUGUCGGACGAGCAGGCGUUCCACUUCAUGCACCGGCACACCGACCUGCAGAGCUUCGUCACGCGCGCGCCCGAACCGGGGCGGCCGCCGACGCAGGCGGUCUUGCUCACGCUCGAGUGGGCGGCGAGAAUGCUUAUUUCGCUCACGGAUAUGCGCGUCAUGUUUUAUCAGAUCUAUCCGUGCACAGCUACUAUCUUGGAAGACGAUCAGGUGCCGGCGACGUUGACAGAUCGGUCGAGUAUGGCGAGUUUGAGUCCUGCGAUUCCUACCGCUAUUACUACGCACGAUCAAUACCCGAAUUACUCCUCACAACCACCACAGCAACAACAGCAACAACAACAGCAGCAGCAACAACAACAACAACAGCCGCAGCAACAAUACAACAUUCGUAGCCAUUCAAAGUCAAAGAGCAUGGCGGACUGGGAAAACGAACUGAGAAAAGAAUGCGAGACAACAGUGACGGUCGCCGACUUAUUCAGAGAGUCGACCUCGCGGUGGUAACAUCUAAAGAAAAAAGAAAGAAUAAGCAUAUGCAUGGGUCGGCAUGGGGCAAAGGUGGGUAGGAAUGAUAACUGGUUAGGCAGAGGGAACUAUAUCGGAGGGAAAAUAAAACGUUAUAAUAUGUUACA